AUGCAGUUUUCAAACUGGCUUCGGGUCGCGCUUAUCGCGGCGAUUACCCCUCAGGCGCUAGCCCAGGUCCUGGACGCUCACUACCCAAAGAGCGCCCUCGUGACUCGCAGCCCGGUUGAGUUUGGUGAUAAGCAGCACGACCAUAAAAAAUCCCGGCACGGCAAAGGUGAUCAUGAACGCACACCACUACUUCCUCCAUCGAACUAUAUACCCUCGCAUUGGGUACAAUUUGAGGGCGAGCAUUCCCGCCAUGGUACACAGAUACCGAAAAUUUUCGAAGCUUAG